AUGGAAGCUCCUCUCGAUGCUGAUCAUGAUGCGGUUGCUGAACAGCGACAAUCUGUCCUGAGCCAGGCCGUAGAUAUUUCACAGUCGCUCACUGCAGCAAAAGGCAUCUGGGAUGAGUACAAGCUUGUGGAGCCUCUUGGAAGCGGGACUUUUGGUGUUGUCCGGUCUGUCGAGUGCCGCACCAGCAGCAGACGAUAUGCUGCCAAGACAGUGCGGCUGUGUGAACAAAGCAAACCCGAGAUGUUGCUCGCUUCGCUGAAGCAUCCUCACAUCCUCCAGCUCUACCGAAUUUUGGAAGAUGGGGGUGAGCGGCAUUUCAUCUUGGACCUUUGUACUGGUGGUGACCUUGAGACCUGGAUUGAGGACCGCUACGAUGAAGACUUCGAGGGAAAGAGAUUCUACGACCAGCCGAGCACUUCUGAAGUUUUUAGUUUGGCCGGGCAGAUGCUCUCUGCCAUUUCCUACAUGUACGAAAUGUCUGUGGUGCACCGGGACGUGAAGCCUCCCAAUUGGAUGUUGGCUUCCAAGAGCUUGUUUCCGUCGCUGAAGCUUUCGGAUUUUGGGCUGGCUUGCGAGUGUGGCACUGGUGAAGUACUGAAAGAAAGAUGUGGAUCGCCAAUGUACAUGGCUCCGGAGGUCUUCGAGCGUUCUUACACGGCCUUGUGCGACGUUUGGAGCACAGGGCUAGUUGUGCAUGAUCUGGCUGUUGGGGCGCCCCUUUUCCAGAAGAUCCCCGAGGCUCAGCUGGAGGAAGCCGUACGCGGACAAAUCGAGCUCACCUCGCCAGGAUGGCGCUACCAGAAACCCUUUCUGAAAACCUUUGUUUUAGAGCUUUUGCAACGGGAGGCAGAUGGCCGCCCCUCAGCCUCAGAGGCUUUGCAGCAGGCAACACAGCAUAGCUCAAAGUGUCGCUGUGUGAUAUCUUGA